AGGUCAGACAUGGCAGAGGAAAACCAGACUCUGGUGACGGAGUUCGUCCUCACAGGACUUACAGAUCGUCCAGAGCUGCAGCUGUCCCUGUUCUUGGUGUUUCUGGCGAUCUACCUCACCACCAUGGUGGGCAACCUUGGACUGAUUGCUCUCAUCUGUAAGGAUCCCCACCUUCACACCCCCAUGUACUCAUUCCUUGGCAGCUUAGCCUUUGCAGAUGCAUCCACUUCUUCCUCUGUGACUCCCAAGAUGCUUAUCAACUUUUUAUCAAAGAAUCAUGCCAUAUCCUUUUUUGACUGUAUUGCUCAGUUUUAUUUUUUUGGCUCCUUUGCAACAACAGAAUGUUUCCUCUUGGUUGUGAUGGCCUAUGACCGCUAUGUAGCGAUAUGUAACCCUUUGCUUUAUGCUGUGGUGAUGUCCAACAGAGUCUGUGCUUGGUUGAUAAGUGGGUCAUUUAUAAUUAGUUUUCUACAUACAGCAAUUCAUGUAGCUUUGCUAGUUAGAUUAAGUUUCUGCAGAUACAAUGUCAUACAAUAUUUCUACUGUGAAAUUUUACAGCUGUUCAACAUUUCUUGCAGUGACCCUACAGUCAAUAUACUCCUGGUUGUAAUCUUUUCAGCCAUUAUACAAGUCUUUACUUUUAUGACUAUUCUCAUCUCCUACUCCUAUGUUGUGUUUUCCAUCUUGAAGAAGAAGUCUGAGAAGGGCAAAAGCAAAGCCUUCUCCACAUGCAGUGCCCACCUGCUCUCUGUCUCUUUGUUUUAUGGCACUCUCUUCCUCAUGUAUGUGCAUCCUGGAUCUGCACCCACUGAAGAGCAGAACAAACUGUAUUCUUUAUUCUACACAAUCAUAAUUCCCCUGCUGAAUCCUUUUAUUUAUAGCCUGAGGAACAAAGAGGUUAAAGGGGCCUUGAAAAGAAUAAUGAAGAAAUAA